GGCGUCGUAGUAGCAAAUUACUAGCAAUCGCUACGUGCGGCGAUGAGCAACCCUGGGGCAGGGGACUCUGGUGACCAGAACCCGGGGCCGACUGGCUCGUAUGAGGCCGGUGCUGCAAGCAGCAGCUUGGUAGAAACGUCGGUAAGUGAUGAAGGGGUCGGGAUGCCGACACCGGGAGCAGCAACCGCUGCUGAGUCGGUGUCGGGAUCGGAGGACCAGAAUCUGGCCAAGAAGGAGGAGGAGGAGGAGGGGUCAGCCGUGAAGAGCUCGUCGUCAAUCCCGUCUUCCGAGGAGGAGGAGAAGGAGAAGAAGGGUGUGCAGCCUGAGGGAAGCGACAAGGGACUUCUUGGCGCUGCUGCUGCUGCUACGGCAGGGAGUGUCGGAACGAGCGGCGAUGAAGAGGCAAGCGCACACUCCACCCCAGCUCAGGGGUCGGAUCCGGAUCCGGAUCUGGCUCCGGGGACGAAAGAGACGGGGGAGCCGAGCUCCGCCUCCGCCGAUGUUUCCGCAGGGCCUGCUGCUGCAGCAAGUGACCCGGCGGCUGCUUCGGAGGCUGCGGAAGGAGAAGGGGGGUCGUUGAUCGGGGUGGCUGCGGGAUCGCUCGCAGCGGCGGAGAAGGUUGGACCAGGUGCCGACGCCGCCGGUGUGGAAGGUGGUAGUUCCGCAGGUUCUUCAGCAGGGUCGGCGGGUGCCCCCUCGUCAGCAGGAGGACGCGUGUCAACGGUGGGAGGAAGAUCCGGGACGGGUCAGGGACAACUGCGCGGACCGGGCGCAGGAGGAGCGGGACCAGGCGGAGACGGGCCCAGGGAGCUGCAGUUGGAUCCGCAGCGGGUGUUCGUGGGCGGGAUCCCAUGGAGCAUGCUGGCGGAGGAAGCGAAAGUGGAGUUGAAGGCGCUUUGCUGUCAACACGGCAAGGUCGAGGAGAUCGAAAUGUGCACCUACCGCGGACAGAGCAAGGCGUCCAUCGCCAGAGGUAAGCAUCGGGGCUUCGGAUUCGUGCGGAUGUCCAGCUGCGAGGAGGCAAAGGUAGUAAUUGAGGCCUUGGAUGGGGUGAAGAUGGGGGAGACUACUCUGAGAACGAAGCCGGGCGUGGUAAAGACGGGGCCUUUCCCGUCGAGGAGGGAGAAGAGCAUGCCGGCAACAACAGCGGCGACGGCCAUGGCGGCCACGCCGCCGCCGCCGCCGCCGCCGCCGCCGUCGGCGGCGGCGGCUGUGACGACUCCAGUAGAGAGAGCUCCGCAGCGAAUGCGCAGGCCGAGAGGGGGCGGAGGCGGCGGAGGGGCGCCUUACACUGCGCAUUCGCAGCCGCCGCCGCCAACGUCGGCGAGUAGUAGAAAGCAUGUCAAAAUGUUCGUCGGCAAUCUGAGCCGCACUGUGACCAAGGAGGUUUUAUUGGAAACCUUUCAGCAAGUUGGGCCGGUGGUCGAUUUGAAGAUCGUGAAAGAUCGAAUGACGGGCGAAUCUAGAGGAUUCGCGUUUGUUACAUUUGGCAAUGAGGAAGCAGCGGUCAAGGCGAUGGAGAAGGAUGGGUUCCAGGUAGACGGAUGCAUCAUUCGGGUGAGUCCCGCGAGGCGUUGAGUAAUGUCUAUAUAUAUAUAUGAUGGACCGAGGAGGACGGGGAUGUGGGCGGAGCGGCGGGGAUUGUUGAUGGAAAAGCGCAGGCGCGUAUGCGCUUGUCGGUGCCCCACCUGUGGGCAUCCGAGUGGGCGGACUCGUCGCCCUCGUCGGGGAGCUGCUGCUGUUGGCACCGAGCAACGAGCAACAUCCUCCCUCCCAUCCGAUCCUCCUAAGCUUCUUCCAGUCAGUCGAACGUCAUCGUGCCUCCGCUCGCUAUGGCGCCGAAGCUUCGGCGGCAUGGCUCCGUCACGGUGAGCAUAUUUAGAGA